UGUUCACUGUCAAGCCAGUGGAAAACGAAAAACAAAUCCGCCCAGUAUCUGGAGAAAAAAACAUUAACGCGUCUGAACUGUCUAUUUGAAAUAAGAUUGGCGUUAUGGUUUCUAUUUCUCAGCAGAAUCGCAUUAGACAACCGUUAGAAGUAUUUCCUUAUACCAUAAAAUGGGCGCUUCCAGGAUCCUCCCAGCCUGACAUUUUUGCCGUCGGACAUGAAACCGGAAUUACAUUUUAUAAACCUACUGCAAAACCAAGCACAGGUGCCUGGCCAUUUCGACAGCUUUUCACAGUUGCAACUGGCCUCCCAACACUGCAUUUGGCGUUUUACGCCCAUAAAACAGCUCCAGACAGCUCAGAAAAUGGAGAAGAAAACAGUUCAUGUACUCUGUCCAUUGCAUGUGCUUGUCAAGACAAUUCAGUUCGGCUAAUCUUUACACAAGACGCUGAGAUCACUUCACAACACACAUUUGGCGGUACAUCUGGACACCAAAACUUCGUGAACGAUGUGGAUAUCAUCGAAAUUUACUCCGCAGACCAAACGCUGGACGAACAUGUAAUUGCCAGUGUUGGCGAUGAUAAUACGCUUAUCGUUUGGCGUGUUUCGGAUAAUGGACCUGUGCUCGCUGGUUACACGCUUGCAUCGCCCGGUGUCUCCGUGCGUUUUUGCCGUUCAGAUGCCCGUCGCUUGCUUGUUGGCGAGCGUAAUGGUCAAGUCCGUGUGUUUGACUGGACAUCCUCCGGAGCAAGUGCUUCUUCAUCCACUGCCGACGAAGUCAUGGAGAUCGAAGACUCGCAACGUCCGUGGAUUGUUAGUCUCUCCGCCAGCGGCGUUCAAGUGAACGCCGCCGACACGCUUGGUAGUGCCGAAUGGUCUGGCGAACAUCAAAACUCAAUUUUGGCCAUGUGCAAGAAUGGUAACUGGUCGUGUUGGGAGUUGUGGUCUUCAAAGGAUUCCGCUCAAGGAGCCGGCGAGUUCGCUGAAGUCAAUGGUACUCUUCCUUCUCGGAAUCUUCUACCCAACGCGAUGGGUAGUACUUCGUUCUCAGGCACCGUUCUUGGCGCCCGUGCACAUCCCUACUAUGCACGUUUAUUCGCAACGGCUAGUGCUGCCCGAGGAAGUCUUCAACUAGUUUCAGUUGAUCGGCCCCAUGCCACAGACGUCGAUCCGGUGUUUUUGAAUACGCCUAUUGUCGAUAUGAGUUGGCACAGUACUGCACGCCAGCUUGCCGUAGUGACUCACUUGGGCCUAGAGCUGGUACGCUUGUAGAGUGACUUAACACCGAUAUUUCAUUCUCGUUUUUGAUAUAUCAAAAAAAAGGCUAAGUUUUACGACCAAAGCACUAAAAUUUUUUCUAUGAUACACUUUGAUGGUGGCUACAAUUCCUC